CCGGGGUGUUUGAACAGGAAGGCGGACAUGUUGGUCAGGCUGUGGGAGAAAAUCGGGCAUCGUACGCUGGUUUUUUUCUUCUUCUCGAAAACUAACUUAUAUCUAAACGCGAUUACAACGUCGUCGUUUCGAGAGAGUGUGCGCGUCCGGACGACAAACUACCAACAGUCACUGACAAUGCACCGGAUGUAGCGGAGGGACCGCCGUUAAUCGUUGUAACCAGCCCGUGUUUAAACUCAUUUGGAAGAAGCAGAAGUUUUUUUUUUUUUUUCCCACCACUUCUACUUUUGAGCUGUCAGUUUCUAUUGUCGUUUUCUGCAAGGGCCUGGCACAGAUAUGGGAAUGGACCUGGACUAACCUUCCCCCUUCAAAUGUUGCUUUUCCAGCAGACAUUACAUAUGUUUUAAUUACCUUUUGUUUGGAUGCAGUAACAUUUUUAAGCCCUUAUCCUCCGGUGGCAUCCUGUGGAGGCUGACUAAUCUUUUUCGCCUCAUUUAUCUUGAAGUUAUUCGCCCCACACACACACACACACUGGGAAAACCUCUUUCGACUCUGAAAAUGUGGCUUUUGUACAUUCAACGCAACCUUAAACGAUUCAUCGUCUGUGCGAGCUCCAGGAGAACGAUGUGUUUUCUUUGAAGAGAGGCGGAAAAAGUUCACACGGAAGAAAGGAACAUUUGGCUAGCUAGCUACCUUAGCUGGCUGCUGAAGCUAGCUAGCCAGCCUUCUGUCUCAGCAGGGAGCUGUUUUUUGUUCACAACCCGACGCCGAGGAUGAGUUUAACAGCAAAAAUGUCCACCGGGGAAAGCAUGGAGGCUCGGUUUGAAAAAAUCGAUGCCAUGUUGAAGGACCCAAAGUCAGAAGUAAACACGGAUUGUCUGCUGGAUGGCUUGGACGCGCUGGUGUAUGACCUUGACUUUCCUGCCCUGAGGAAAAACAAGAGCAUUGACAACUUCUUGAAUAGAUACAAAGAAACCAUUAGUAAAAUCCGUGAUCUACGCAUGAAAGCCGUGGACUAUGAGGUGGUUAAAGUUAUUGGAAGGGGAGCGUUCGGAGAGGUGCAGUUGGUAAGACACAAAGCCACAAGCAAGGUUUAUGCCAUGAAGCUACUGAGCAAGUUUGAGAUGAUCAAGAGAUCAGACUCUGCUUUCUUUUGGGAGGAGAGAGACAUCAUGGCUUUUGCCAACAGUUCAUGGGUUGUGCAGCUCUUUUUUGCAUUCCAAGAUGACCGCUACCUCUACAUGGUGAUGGAAUACAUGCCCGGCGGGGACUUGGUUAACUUGAUGAGCAACUAUGACGUCCCGGAGAAGUGGGCCCGCUUUUACACAGCUGAGGUGGUGCUAGCUCUGGAUGGAAUCCACGCUAUGGGCUUCAUUCACAGAGAUGUGAAGCCUGACAACAUGUUGCUGGACAAAGCAGGCCACUUGAAACUUGCAGACUUUGGGACCUGCAUGAAAAUGAACAAGGAUGGUAUGGUACGAUGUGACACAGCAGUGGGAACUCCAGACUACAUUUCGCCUGAGGUACUGAAAUCCCAAGGAGGAGACGGCUAUUAUGGCAGAGAGUGCGACUGGUGGUCCGUGGGAGUGUUCCUGUACGAAAUGCUUGUUGGCGACACUCCUUUCUACGCUGACUCCCUGGUGGGGACCUACAGCAAAAUUAUGAACCACAAGAAUGCCCUGACCUUCCCUGAUGACAGUGACAUCUCCAAUGACGCCAAGAACCUUAUCUGUGCUUUCCUGACGGACAGGGAAGUCCGCCUUGGCCGUAACGGUGUAGACGAGAUCAAGAGGCAUCCUUUCUUCAAGAAUGACCAGUGGACGUGGGAUAACAUCAGAGAAACGGCUGCUCCUGUAGUGCCUGAACUGAGCAGUGACGUCGACACCAGUAACUUUGAUGAUAUCGAGGAGGACCGGGGAGAGGAGGAGACCUUCCCCAUACCAAAGGCCUUUGUGGGCAACCAGCUCCCCUUUGUGGGCUUCACUUACUACAGCAAUCAGCAUCUUAUACGUCGGUCCACCGCCUCAAAGACCAGCGACAAACGUAGCAGCUCCGCAAAGGAAGACAAGAGUCAUCUGGAGAACCUGCAGAAGAGGAUCUACCAGCUGGAGGAACAGCUCCACAGCGAGAUGCAGCUGAAGGAUGAGUUGGAGCAGAGAUGCCGGACAUCAAGCACCAAGAUCGACAAGAUCAUGAAAGAACUGGAUGAAGAGGCGAACCUGAGGAAGACGACGGAGGCCAGCAUGUCUCUGCUGGAGAAGGACAAGAUCAUGAUGCAGCACAGAUUCACUGAGUACCAAAGAAAAGCUGACCAGGAGGCAGAGAAGAGACGCAAUUUGGAAAAUGAGGUUUCAACUUUAAAGGAGCAGCUUGAAGAUAUGAGGAAGAUCAGCCAGAACUCUCAGGCCUCAAAUGACAAGAUUCUCCAGCUGCAGAAUCAACUGGAAGAGGCCAAUGACCUCCUGCGUGCAGAGUCGGACACGGCAGUCAGGCUGAGGAAGAGCCACACGGAGGUGGGCAAGACGGUGAGCCAGUUGGAGAGCUUGAACCGAGAGCUGCAGGAGAGGAGCCGCGCCGCAGAAGGGGAGAAGGCCCAGUUGGAGAAGGAGCUCCUGCUUCUUCAGAGCACCCUGGAUUCGGAGAGGAGGAACUACAGCCAGGGCUCGGAGGAGAUCAGGGAGCUGCAAGCGAGGAUGGCAGGGCUGCAGGAGGAUAACAAGAGCUUGAAGCUCAGCCUCUCCAAAGUGGAGGCGGAACGCAAACAGGCCCAGGAGAGGAGCAACAACCUGGAGAAGGAAAAGAACAACCUGGAGAUAGACCUGAACUACAAGCUGAAGACUCUGCAGCAGCGUCUGGAGCAGGAACAGACCGAGCACAGGGGGACGCGGGCACAGCUCACUGACAAAUAUGAGUCUAUUGAAGAAGCCAAAUCAGCUGCCAUGAACGCUGUUCAGCAGAAGAUGUCUGAGGAGAACGGAGCGAGGAUGCGCGCGGAGAGCCGGGUAGUGGAAGUAGAGAAGCAGUGCUCUAUGUUAGAGUUUGACCUGAAGCAGUCUGUGCAGAAGAUGGAGCAGCUGAUGAAGCAGAAAGAACGGCUGGAGGAUGAGGUGAAGGAUCUGAGGAUACAGAUAGACCAGGAGUCCAGCAAGCGCGUGCAGGCACAGAACGACCUGAAGGGCCGCGUGCAGGAGGUGGACCGCCUUCGGGUUUCAGAGAAGCAGCUCAAACAGGAAACCAACACGGCUCUGGAGAGUAAACGCUCGCUGGAGUUCCAGCUGGCUCAGCUGACCAAACAAUACAGAGGCAACGAGGGACAGAUGAGGGAACUUCAGGACCAGCUUGAGGCUGAACAGUAUUUUUCUACACUUUACAAAACUCAGGUCAAGGAACUAAAAGAGGAGAUUGACGAAAGGAACCGGCAAGUGCAAGAGGUUCAUAAAAAGGUGCAGGAUUUGUGCAGCGAAAGGGACUCCCUGUCUGCCCAGCUCGAUCUGACGGUGACAAAGGCCGAGUCAGAGCAGCUCGCCCGGGCACUUCAGGAGGAACAGUACUUUGAGCUCAGCCAGGAGAACAAGAAGGCAGUGACAAGACAUAAGCAGGAGAUCAUAGACAAGGAGUCAACAAUUGCACGGCUUGAAGAUUCUAAUACAACUCUUACCAAAGAUGUGGAGAACCUCAGCAAAGAGAAGGCUGAGCUAAGUGAGAAGAUUCAAGCUCAGGAAGAAGAGUAUGUAGCUCAGAAGGAGGAGAUUUCAAAUUCAAUCAAGGCCAACUAUGAGAAGGUCCUCAACACAGAGCGCACGCUGAAGACUCAGGCGGUGAACAAGCUGGCAGAGAUCAUGAACCGUAAGGACAUGAAGCUGGACCAGAAGAAGAAGGGCAGCACAGCUGACCUGCGGAAGAAGGAAAAGGAGAACCGCAAGCUUCAGCUGGAACUGAACCAGGAGAAGGAGAAGUUUAACCACAUGGCCAUCAAGUACCAGAAGGAGCUGAGUGAGAUGCAGGCACAACUUGUGGAGGAAAGCACAUAUCGCAACGAGCUGCAGAUGCAGCUGGACAGCAAGGAGAGCGACAUCGAGCAGCUACGGGAGAAACUGAGCGACCUGCAAAACUCCAGCGUCACCAGCCUGCAGAGCGAUGAGACGGACAGCAACAUCGCAGAAUCCAGGCUGGAGGGUUGGCUGUCCAUUCCAAACCGCGCUAACAUCAAGCGAUACGGAUGGAAGAAGCAGUAUGUGGUGGUGAGCAGUAAGAAGAUUCUGUUCUACAAUGACGAGCAGGAUAAGGAACAGUCCAACCCCUCUAUGGUACUAGAUAUUGAUAAAUUGUUCCAUGUGAGACCAGUCACACAGGGAGACGUGUACCGAGCGGAGACGGAGGAGAUUCCAAGGAUAUUCCAGAUUCUUUAUGCCAAUGAGGGAGAGUGCAGGAAGGAAGCGGACAUGGAGACGGUCCCUCAGGGCGACAAGACCAACUGUCUCCCACACAAAGGCCACGAGUUCAUCCCCACGCUGUAUCACUUCCCUUCCAACUGUGAGGCGUGCGCCAAGCCUCUGUGGCACGUUUUCAAGCCGCCUCCGGCCCUGGAGUGCCGCCGCUGCCACGUCAAGUGCCACAAAGACCACCUCGACAAAAAGGAGGACGUUAUCGCCCCUUGCAAAGUAAACUACGACGUGACCUCUGCCCGGGACAUGCUCCUGCUGGCCCUCACCCAGGAUGAGCAGAAGAAAUGGAUCGGCCACCUUGGAAAGAAGAUCCCUAAGACCCCGCCAUCCACGUUUUCAAGAGCCUCACCUCGAUCCAUGUCCACUCGCUCCGGACCCAACCAGUCCUUCCGCAAGAACCCUAAAAGCAAUACAGGAAAGCUGAGCAGAGCGCAGUCCAGCCUCCAAGCAGCAGACACUACAUCCAGCACUUGUUGACAGGAACUUCUUCAGAAAGUGCUGAUGUUUGGUUUUUUUAGACAUUCCUUCACAGCUUUAAACUUUGUCUAUUUAUUAAUUGUGCUCCUGGGUGUUUCUAACACGAGACACUUCCUGGUUGGUUGGUUAACUCCUGGGCUCUUUCCAGUCGACACUUGGGACUUUUCUAAUUGGCACUAAUGUGUUGUUGGGCUCAGUAACUAACUCAUAGACUUAAUAUUUUACUCUGGUUAGUAAGUCCACAUUAAAGGACAUUGACAUCACCUGUUACAAUGUUUAUAAAGCAGCUUGUUUUUUUGUUGUUUGUCGACUUAGAUUGGGUUACUAACCGAGGUAAUGAUACCGUGUCUUUCUUUCACUGGACACCUGCCUCUGCUCUUUCUUUCAGCUAACCAUCUGAACCGUUUGGAUUUUUUCUGGACUCUAAACUUUCCCCUCCUUCCUCAUUCUUGAAAACAGAAGCCUGUAUUUUGUCAAAAAUCCAUAAAAAAGAGAAAAAUUAAAAUGAUAAAUACACAGCGCUGGAAAAAUUGCAACGCAUGUCACACAAAAGGCAUCGUGGACAUUGAGAGAGGCCUGAUCCCUCAAACCCUUCUGCAAACUUUUCCUCAUUCAAGAAGACCGCCGUCAUCCAACUCAUCAAACUUGCAGCGCUCCAUUUCUACCAGAAGAUGGCGCCCUCUUCUUGAUCUAAAGAUUGACUCUGGAGCGGAAAAAGAGGGACUACACAUGGCAUGGAGACAUUCUGUGUUUCAUAUUAUGACAGUUUAUGAUGGAAACAGGAAGGUGAAAGGGGGGUUUGCUGCAAGUAUGUGUUCAGCUAAAGGUACUGUCAUACAGGGAUUGCAUAUCUGCAGUGAGUGGUUGUGUCUCAGGGGUGGAAAAUUAAUAUCUGUUUUGUCAUUUCUUUCCCCAAUGUGACAGAUACUCCAGCUAAAUGCACGCAUACAUCUGUUUCCAUCUAAGAAAAAAAAAAAAAGGCUGAUGCCUUCAUCUAAUAUCUCUGGCCUUUUUGCCUUUAUUCAUAUCACUCUUCAAGUCACUUAUCAGGUUUGGGACAGAGCAUUUGGACAUAAGUAUUAGAUAUUUUGAGUAUUGAGUGAGGAGCAUGCGAGAUCAUCAUUUAAAUCUAUGCAUUAUUUUUAUUAUUAUAAUUAUUUUUAUUGCUCCAAGCCAUAAGUAAAAUUCCAUUGUAAUGGCAUAUAAAACUUAACUGAUUUUUGUUUCUGUUUAUUUGGUACAUUGUCUCUGUAAUAUUUUUUUUUUCUUGUAUUGUUUAUUUUUUGUAAUGUAUUGCCUUACAUUGAUUCAUAGACACAUGGUUCAAAAGGAAAACAUUAAGUUAACAAAUGUAAAACUGCACUGUUUGAAUUGUAAAUUAUUUGUAGACUAAACAGGUGUAGCAUAUGGCCCACCUAGUGCCUUAACGUUUGGAUAUUGAUUUUACUGCCAUAUCUGUUUGCUUUUUUCCUCCUCUGAAACAUGACAAAUCUUAACUCUUCCAUCUUUUUUUUUUUUUUUUUUUUUAAAGAAAUCGCCACACAUGUGGUUUUAUCGGAACUUCUUUUCUCUGGUUUGAGUAUAUAAAAUAUAUAUAUUAGGUUAUGUCUUUAUGGACACAUGCAAUAGAGUUAACGUGUUAAGACAAAGUCCCCACACUUCGAUUCAUAUCACAAAACAAAGUUCAGGAUGGUGUACCAAAAGAAACCUGCCUGUGUCAGUGAUUGUCCAAGGUAACCAAUACAAGUUUGUUUCUCUAACACGGUAAUGUCCCGUUAAUGCAAACCCCCAACUGUGUAUAUAAUGAGAGAGACAUAAAGAUUAUGGAAUACCUCCGCAAUCUUUUUAUUUGUAACUUUUUGUUCAGUUAAAAAAGCACUGGAACUAUGAUCUACUCUUGUCUUGGAUAAUUUGCAUGGUUAAUUGCAUUGGAGUCCGCACUGAAAGAUAUGUUAAUAAACAUAUCUUUAUCA